UGAACCAUUAGGCAAGCUCCGCCCAUACUGACUGGCAGUCUUUUCGUGACCAUCAUGAUCAUUCAUUCGCAUUGAACACGUCAUGCUGACGGUUUUGGCACUGGAAACUGGCCAAGAUGAACAACACAACAGUCAACGAGUCGUGCCUGCUACCCGGAGCGGACCAACCCACGGGCCUCACUGCUCCAAUGCGCUACUUUCUGGCCGCUACACUUCUGCUGGCCUCGCUGGUGGGAGUAGUCGGCAACAUCAUGGUCAUCGCUGCAAACGCCUUCGAGAAGAAGAUACGCAGCUCUACAAAUCUUUUCCUGGCAAACAUGGCGACUGCAGACCUGAUGACGUCACUCAUCUGUGACUCCUGCCUGUCGUUCGCCUGGUUCUUUCCCGCCUUCAAGCCGAGCUGUCUUUUCCGUGACGUCAUGGGGUUCGUGUACUUUUUCAGCGUGGACUUGUCUGUGGUAAACUCUAGCCUGGUAGCCUGGAACCGCUAUGUGCUCAUUACAAAGCCACUGCAAACUUACAAUAUGCUGUUUACGCCCACUAAGAUCGCAAUGUACUGUAUCACAUCCUGGAUUUCGACUUUUCUGUUGAUCCUCCUGGUAUUCGCUUAUUUCCGCCGCCUGUUUCGCCCUCCCUAUAUCCUGAUAUCUGUCCCCGCUGCUGACAUGUCCGACAUGGUGUUUUUCGUGGUCAACAUUAUCGAGAUUAUCAUCCUUGUGGUCGCACCAAUUCUCCUCACCCUUUUUUUCUACAUCGCCAUAUUUCUCAAAAUUCGCAAAGUGAAGGAAAGAGUAAAAGUCCAUGCCGCACCCAAUCCCAACGCGAAAAAGCUCUACCGGCCCUCCAGAAAGGUAGUGAGAGAGAUUACCAGCUAUCUAUUCGUUCUGUUCCUUGUCUUGCUCGUUUGCUCCUUCCCUAUUUCGAUUACACAGUACGUCCAUGUUCUGGUCACCCCUGUCCACCCGGAUGUCCAGAAUCUGACCCUGGUGCUGGCCAUGAUCAACAGCUCGAUCAACCCGAUCAUUCACACAAUUAAAAGUCAGGACUACAGAAAUUUCUUCAAGUAAAUGAUCAAAAGUGGGUGCUUGGAUCCGUGAAUAGUUUCGUCGGGUUACUAAGACAUUGGAUUCUGUACGUGUACACAACCAAAUGUUUGAUGCACAGGAAAAUAUUGGCCAAACACUUAGUUUCGUACAAAAAGUGUUAUCCAUCGCGUGCAUGGAUGAUUUUAAAUUCUGAACCGUUGCGCAUGUAUAUG